AUGCAGCAACGACUAUCUGCGGUUGAAUCGCUGCGCUUCCAAGUGCCGUAUGUCGCAUUUGGAUCAAGGCAACAGACUUACGAAGCGCUGUUGCAUUCCUACCCUGAAAGCACCGCUCCUCCAGAACAACCCACCCCUUCUCACCAGCCCAGGUUUUUUACUUGGGUAACUAACAAUGGAUACGGCGCCCGACAUGCUUCUGAUCCAGCCCCGUUCUCUCUCUGGGAUGAUCAUGUACACGAUUUCCGCUUUCCUACACCUGAAGAAAGGAAGUGGAUUUCCGAUGCCUUCCGUGCGGAAAGUGUGACCUACAGCUGGCCAGAUAUCAUCAUUGAAAUCCAUUAUCCCCCAAAUCCAAUCCCUUUAACGGUGGCAUGCGUUGCGGUAUCGUUUAUCCCUGCCGGAUCUAAUUGGCCACUUGACAACGAACACCGAUUACAGCAACCCGAGGCUGGCUGA